UAGUAUAACAUAACCUAGGGGUAUGCCUGACCUUAAAAUUAAUUUGGGAAAACUAAAAAUCUGACGGAUGGAGAUCACUGAAUUUCGCUCUCACACCAGCAUGCUUGUCGCUCAAUAAGCAGUCUAAAGAGUGGCUGCUCUAAUCUCUCAAACCUGAGUGGAAAUUCUGAGGCAAAGCUGGAAGCUGUGGAAUUUAUUCCCUGUAAGUUUCUUUGGAGACCAAAGUUUGAAGUUUUUGUUGCGGUAGUUUGUGUAAUUUGAAUUUUGUUCAGAUAUGUGAAAUCUAGUAAGUAGUAGUUGAAAUUGACUUUAAUUUGAGUCUUUUGUAGUUUAAACCGAAAUGGGUUUGUUAAUUAUGAUGAAUAGCCAAAUCGGUAUUUCUAGUUUUGGAAAAAAUGAGACUUUUUCUUUAGAUUAUCGGUGUCAAGGGUUUCCAUUAUUGAAAUCUUGCAAACCCCUUUUUGGUGCUCAUUUGAAGAGUAAGAAUGUGAAAAGGGUUAAAAGUGUUGUUGUGAGGAAGAGUUGUUGUGGGAGAAUUUAUGCUGUGGUGAAAGAAGAUUCUGAUAAGAGGGUGGUUGGAAGUGAAGGUGGGGCUUUUGAGAAUGAGUUUGAGUUUAAGCCAUCUUUUAGUGAGUAUUUGAAGGCUAUGGAGUCAGUUAAAAGUAACCAAGGGAUGCAACAAGCUAGUAAGUUGGGUAGAGAUAGAAUGAGGGAUGCUUUAAAGGGAAAGUAUAUGUCAAAAACAAUGUCUUUGGGGAGAGAUGAUGAAAAUGUUAAAUUGAUGGAUGAAAAAGCGAUUUCGAAAAAUGUUGGGUGUAAAGAGUUGGGUAAGUUUCAUCAUGAGGGGAACGUAAUUAGAAAGACAAAGGAUAAAUUUAGUGGCAACGAGAGUUGGGUAGAUGCGAAGGUGAAGAGGACAUUGAAAGGGGAGAGAGAUGGUAGAAGAUGGUCGCAUUAUCAAAAUAAUACUGUAGAUCCAGAGUUAAAAAACUCUUAUGCUUUGAAGGGAAAGUAUAUGUCAAAAACGACAUCUUUGGGGAGAGAUGAUGAAAAUGUUAAAUUGAUGGAUGAAAAAGUGAUUUCGGAAGAUGUCAAGUGUGAAGAGUUGGGUAGAAAUGGUGAUGGUGUAGCUUGGGGUGAAGGUGCGGACAGAGGUAAGCUUCCUUGUAAGGGGAGUGUAAUUAGAAAGUCAAAGGAUAAAUUUAGUGGCAAUGAGAGCUGGGUAGAUGUGAAGGUGAAGAGGACAUUGAAAGGAGAGACAGGAGGUAGAAGAUGGUCACGUUAUCAAAAUAAUACCGUAGAACCAGAGUUAAAAGAUUCUUAUUCUGAGGAGCGUAAAAAGCUACAGAAAGCACGAGAUAAUCCUGUGGUAUUGCUCAAUGAUAACAGGAAUGCCAGUAGUGGUAAUAUAACAGCAGACCUAGUUCAGGGCAAAAUUUCCUCAGAAAUGUUUGGAACGAAAGGGGAAAACUUUGAAAAUGACAAGGUUGCUGCUAGAAGCCAUGUUGUGAGGAAUCACAUCCGAGUUCAGGAAACUAUUGCUGGUGAAUAUUGGCAGCGGAGUGAAAAAUUAACUUAUAGCAGAAAGUACAUCCCUGAAAAAGAUGAUGACAGAAGUUGGGAGAUGGAAAGAGCUGCCUUCAAGUUUGUGGAAGAAGGAAAUGAUUUUAUGGACAAGCCAAGAGUUGCACGGGUGGAUAUGGAGGAGAGAAUUCAGAAACUAGCGAGGCAGUUAAAUGGUACAGAUAUUGAUGUGCCGGAGUGGAUGUUCUCUAAGAUGAUGCGGAGUGCAAGGAUCAGGUUUUCAGAUCAUUCAAUAUUGAGGGUUAUCCAGAUAUUGGGUAAAUUGAGAAACUGGAGGCGGGUUCUUCAAGUAAUUGAGUGGCUGCAGAUGCGAGAACGCUUCAAAUCCCACAGGCUCAAAUUCAUUUACACAACUGCACUUAAUGUACUUGGAAAGGCAAGGAGACCUGUGGAGGCACUCAAUGUAUUUCAUGCAAUGCAGCAACAAAUCUCCUCAUAUCCAGACUUGGUGGCUUAUCACAGCAUUGCUGUCACUCUGGGACAGGCUGGCCAUAUUAGGGAACUUUUUUAUGUGAUAGAUACCAUGCGAUCUCUUCCCAAGAAAAAGUUCAGAACUGGAAUACAUGAGGGAUGGGACCCACGACUGGAACCUAAUAUUGUUGUCUACAAUGCGGUCUUAAAUGCUUGUGUCAAGCGGAAAAACUGGGAAGGAGCAUUUUGGGUUUUGCAGCAAAUAAAAGAAAAAGGUCAGAAGCCUUCUGCUUCAACAUAUGGACUCGUUAUGGAGGUGAUGUUGGCAUGUGGCAAGUACAACUUGGUGCAUGAAUUUUUCAGGAAAGUGCAGAAGUCCUUUAUUCCAAAUGCUUUAGUAUAUAAAGUUCUUGUGAAUACUCUUUGGAGAGAAGGUAAAAUAGAUGAGGCUGUUUUGGCUGUUCAAGACAUGGAAAGACAAGGAAUUGUGGGUUCAGCUGCUCUUUAUUAUGACCUUGCAAGAUGUCUUUGUAGUGCUGGGAGGUGCCAAGAAGCACUAAUGCAGAUAGAGAAGAUAUGUAAGGUGGCGAACAAGCCUUUGGUGGUAACUUAUACUGGAUUAAUUCAAGCUUGUUUGGACUCUGGGAACAUUGAAAAUGCUGCUGAGAUUUUCAACCAAAUGAAGGAUUUCUGCUCUCCGAAUCUUGUUACUUGCAACAUAAUGCUGAAAGCUUAUCUGGAAAAUGGUUUCUUUGAGGAAGCAAAGAAGCUCUUCCAGCGGAUGUCUGAAGAUAGCAGCCGUCAUAGCUGGGAACCUGAUAACAGGGGUCUAGUGGUACCAGAUAUCUACACAUUCAACACCAUGUUAGAUGCAUGCAUUGUGGAGAAGAGAUGGGAUGACCUUGAGCAUGUAUAUAAAAAAAUGCUGCAGCAUGGAUUCCAUUUCAAUGCAAAACGCCAUGUCCGAAUAAUAUUGGAUGCUUCAAGAGCUGGAAGGGUAGAGCUACUGGAAACAGCUUGGAAGCACCUUGUGCAGGCGAACCGGGUACCGCCACCUCCUCUCAUCAAAGAGCGGUUUCGAAUCUUUGUCGAGAAAGAAGACUACAUUUCUGCUCUUUCUUGUAUAACCAGUCAUCCAGUUAGUGAUCUGCCAGAGUUUUCCAAGACUGCAUGGAUGAAUUUAUUCAAGGAAAAUUCUCGAGGCUUGAAGGACGAUACUUUUGUUCAAUUAAUACACGGGGCAAGUAUCCAAACCACCAGAAUUGAUUCAGUGAAUUCAGUUUUGCAUAAUCUUAUAUCAUCCUGUAAAGAAUUUUUGAGGACUCACACCAGAGCUCCUAAAAUGAUAGAUAGACAAACUCUUAAUGCAAGUGCAUGAAAUAAUAUAUAUAUAUAUAUAUAUAUAUAUAUAUAUUGGUUCUGUGUUUCACUAAGUAUAUUGUAUCCACAUAUUCAAUUAGUUAUUUGGUCCGGAGAUGAAUUGUAUCGAAAAGCCUUCGAAUAAGUCUUAAAUUUAUGAGCAAUCAACAUGGAAAUUAUGUUUAUUUGUUUCAA